CGCAGCGUAACUUAUUACGUAUGACGCCUGCGACGGUCAGCUCAUUUGUGCUUCCUGGACUGGAGGAAACAUAAAGUCAAAAAUGGGUCACACAAGUUUGGAGAAGAUAAUUGCACUGCAGAAGAAAACAUCACAGAUCAGAAAUCUGUGUAUUCUUGCUCAUGUAGAUCAUGGAAAGACGACGUUAGCCGACUGUCUCGUGGCGAGUAAUGGUAUUAUAUCCAGUCGUUUAGCAGGAAAGCUACGAUAUCUGGACAGCAGGGAGGAUGAGCAGAUCAGAGGAAUUACAAUGAAGUCCAGCGCUAUUUCACUACAUUGCACAACAGGAGGAAAUGAUUACCUCAUUAAUCUGAUCGACUCUCCUGGUCAUGUGGACUUCUCCUCGGAGGUGUCCACUGCCGUCAGACUGUGUGAUGGGGCCAUUGUUGUUGUUGAUGCCGUUGAGGGAGUGUGUCCGCAGACACAAGUUGUUUUACGACAAGCUUGGCUGGAGAAUAUUCGUCCUGUUCUUGUCAUUAACAAAAUUGACCGGCUGAUUGUGGAGCUGAAACUCACUUCACUGGAGGCGUACGCUCACCUGCAGAAAAUAUUAGAGCAGGUGAACGCAGUUACCGGCACGUUAUUCACCUCUAAAGUUCUGGAGGAGAGAGCGGAGAAAAACGCAGAUGCUCAGAAGCUCUGUACAGAGCACGACAGCGGAGAUCAGGUGUACGACUGGAGUGCGGGUUUUGAGGAAACUGAUGACUCGGACCUCUACUUCAGUCCUGACCGGGGAAAUGUGGUAUUUGCCAGUGCUAUAGACGGCUGGGGCUUCAGAAUCCAUCAGUUUGCUGAGAUGUACAGUAAGAAGAUGGGCAUCCGCUUCUGGGUUCUGCUCAAGACUCUUUGGGGCGAUUUCUACCUCAAUGCCAAAGCCAAAAAAAUCAUGAAGGGAGCUCAGUCCAAAGGAAAGAAACCUCUGUUUGUGCAGCUUGUCCUGGAUAACAUCUGGAGUAUGUAUGAUGCUGUGGUCACUACAAGGGACAAAGAAAAGGUGGAGAAGAUGGUGACUUCUCUGGGGAUAAAAGUCAUGCCUCGUGACCUAAAACACUCGGACCCCAAAGUGCUCCUCAGUGCCAUCUGUGGCCAGUGGCUUCCUGUGUCUCAAGCCGUGCUCUCAAUGGUGUGUGAAAAGCUGCCCAGCCCAGCUGAGAUCUCGGCUGAGAGAGUGGAAAAGCUGAUGAGCGUGGGAGCGCGCAGGUUUGACUCCCUGCCCGAGAAAACACAGGAGCUAAAAAAAGCAUUUCUAGAUUGUUCUGCUGAUGAGACGGCACCUGUAAUUGUCUUUGUGUCAAAGAUGGUUUCUGUGGACUCCAAAGCUCUGCCACAGAACAAACAGAGGCCAUUGACUCAGGAAGAGAUCGCCCAGAGGAGAGAACUGGCCAGACAGCGUCACGCCGAGAGACAAGCUGCCAAUCAGAGUGCAGAAAGCCCCGGGUCAGCUGAUGCUGGAGAUGCUCUGUGUGCGCAGACAGAGGCUCUUUCGGUCAAAAUCGCAGUGGAGGAGGAAAACAAAGAGCAUUUUGUGGCCUUUGCACGAGUCUACAGCGGUGUCGUCAGAAAAGGCCAGAAGGUGUUUGUGCUCGGACCCAAAUACGAUCCAUCACUGGCGCUCAGAGUGCUUCCUGAGGGUUGUUCAGUAGCUGAUGCUUUACCCAGCGUCCCCCACAUGGCCUGCUGCACCGUAGACAGCCUCUACCUGCUGAUGGGCCGCGAGCUGGAAGAACUGGAGGAAGUUCCCUCAGGAAAUGUUCUCGGUAUUGGUGGCAUGGAGGAAUUCAUUCUCAAGUCGGCCACCAUCUCCACAUCUCCUGCCUGCCCACCCUUCACGCCAAUCAACUUUGAAGCUACGCCCAUCGUCAGAGUAGCAAUCGAGCCCAAACAUCCAAGUGAGAUGCCAAAGCUGGUGCGGGGUAUGAGACUGCUGAACCAGGCCGACCCUUGUGCCGAAGUGUUGAUUCAGGAGACUGGAGAGCAUGUUCUGGUCACUGCCGGGGAAGUACACCUUCAACGCUGUCUGGAUGACUUAAGAGAGAGGUUUGCUAAAAUUGAAAUCAGUGCUUCCGAACCAAUCAUUCCAUUUCGCGAAACGGUGAUCCGGCCUCCCAAAGUGGACAUGGUGAACGAGGACUUGGGGAAGCAGCAGAAAGUCGCUGUGAUUCACCAGGUAAAGGACGAACAAACAAAGUAUCACGAAGGGGUCCAGGUGGAUUCCACCGGUCUGGUCACGCUCACCACCUCAAACAAGAUGGCCACGGUCAGGGUGCGGGCUAUCCCUCUUCCUGAGGAAGUCACCCGCCUUCUGGAGGACAAUGUGGAGCUCAUCCGCACAAUAGAGCAGUUCAGCCUGUUCGCCUGGGAGGGCAAGACUCUGGAAAUCAACCAGAAAAUUCUGGAGAACAUCCAGGACUUCAAGGUGAAGUUGGAGAGCACCCUGCAAGGCCACAAAUGGAGGGGUGCCGUGGAGCAUAUCUGGGCAUUUGGUCCUCGCCGUUGUGGGCCAAAUAUUCUCCUCAACAGAAUCGAGGGGUACCGGAGACCCUCAGUGUGGCAGUGUCUGGGACGAGAGAAGGAAAUUGAAAAGGCCGAGACCAACGCAUUUAGAGACUUUGACAACAGCAUUGUUAGUGGCUUCCAGUUGGCCACACUCUCUGGCCCCAUGUGUGAAGAACCUUUAAUGGGGGUUUGCUUCUCUGUAGAGUCCUGGGACAUGAAGAUUUCCACACCUCUUACUCAGAAAGACUCAAUAGAAGAGGAGUCCCACCUGCAGAGCCAAAUAGGUGAAUAUUCCGACGUCUCAUCCACAAGCACUAAUCGAAGCAGGAGCAGAGCGGAAACUGCUGGUGGUUCACUGGACUGUUAUGGGCCGUUCUCAGGACAGCUCAUCGCUGCCAUGAAAGAGACCUGCAGAUACGCUUUCCAAGCUAAACCUCAGCGGCUGAUGGCUGCGAUGUACACCUGCGAAAUCAUGGCCACUGCUGAGGUCCUGGGUCGUGUGUAUGCUGUUUUGUCCAAGCGGGAAGGACGAGUCCUACAAGAGGAAAUGAAGGAAGGGACGGACAUGUUCAUCAUUAAAGCUGUACUUCCUGUUGCCGAGAGCUUCGGAUUCGCUGACGAGAUCAGGAAGAGGACCAGCGGUCUGGCCAGCCCACAACUAGUCUUCAGCCACUGGGAG